AUGGCAUCCACUCUCCAGAAGCUAACCUCGGUCGUCCACCAGGCAACUGCCAAGCACUCCGCCACCGUCAUCUUCAUCCACGGACUUGGAGACUCUGGUCACGGCUGGCAAGUCAUCCUUUCCACAUUUCACAACUUGGCUCCCGUCGGAGAGGAGCUUGGAAGACAUCUGCCCCAUGUCAAGUUCAUCUUCCCCAACGCUCCUGAUAUGCCAGUGACCUUAAACAACGGCAUGGCCAUGCCCUCCUGGUACGACAUCAAGGCUUUGUCGACCAUCGACACCGAUCAGGACGAGGCCGGCAUGCUCAAGUCGCGCCAGCGAGUAAUGCAGAUUAUUCGUGAGGAGGUUGAGGAGAACAACAUCCCCGCCAACCGCAUUAUCAUUGGAGGCUUCUCACAGGGAUCCGUUAUGGGCUUGUUGACUGGACUGACUGCCGAAUACAAGUUUGCCGGAAUCGUCUCGUUGAGUGGAUACAUGCCCCUGCACAAGAAGAUCAUGAACAUGGCUUCAGAUGCUAACCGCAAGACACCCAUCUUCUGGGGACAUGGAGAUGCCGACCAGGUGGUCCGUUACGCCUAUGGUGUGCAGUCGGUCGAGUUGUUGAAGAAGAAUAAGUUUGACGUCCGGUUCAACACCUACCGCAACUUGGGACAUGGAUCUUCCCCACAGGAAAUUAGAGACUUAUUGAACUUUUUGAAGGAGACCAUCCCUGCCGAGCCCAAGGCCUAG